CUUUGUUUGUAGGAAGAAGAAGCCGAUUCUGGAAGCCAUUACGUUGCGCAGAUCAAUUGAGUAAAUCGUACUAUUUUUGCGUACAAUACGCACAAUUAUCUUUUAAAAACAGGAAUUUAUUCAAAUAUGGCAUCGAAUGCAAAAAAGAGAAAAAUGAAUUUUUCAGAGAGGGAGGUAGAAAUUAUUGUGGAGGAAAUAGAGAAACAAAAGCACACACUCGUUAACCACUUCAAUGCUGGAGUCACUCACAUAGCUAAGAAUAACGCAUGGAUGGAAAUUUUGAAGAAGGUUAACGCAGUAACAACCUGUCCCAGAGAGUUAGCCGAAGUGAAGAAGAAGUGGUCGGACAUGAAGACCGAAGUGAGGCGCAAAGUGGCCCAAGCGAGAGCGGCAAUUGAGGAGACCACUGCCGACUGCACUCCGGUUCACGUCAUCCUCACUGCUAUGCAGCAGCGUAUUUGUAACCUCUUGGGAGAAGCAACUAUUAUCAGUUUGCCUGCUGGAGAUCCAGAUGCUGAGAUUACGUUACCUGUUAGUAUGAGUACAACCACUACAGUAACACUCACAGAGAGUCUUCAGACAGGUUCUGUGUCCUGUGAGGAGACCAAGUCGCUAGAUGCCGAGACAACGUACCACACGCUGGAGGAGGGAGGCGUGGUGGAAUACUGCACCACCACUGAGGCCACGCCCACUGUGGUGUCCUCUGUGGAGUCACAUCCCGUGGAGAUACUGACGUCGGUAUCCACGUCCCCGCCGCCCAGCCACGCCAAGCCUCAGGAGCUGAAGAGCCGGAUUGCCCUGAACUCGGCCCGGCUCCUCCAAGAGCAGCGGGUCACCAAUGUGCAUGUGAGGCAGAUCGCGCAGCACCUGGAAGGCCAGAAUGAGCUGCUGCAGAUGAUCCGAAGGUCCCAGGAAGCGCAGGCCUACGCCCAGGAGAGACAGGCACAGGCCCUAGAGGGAACCCAGGCUGCCCUGCUGGCCUUGGUUCAGAUGAUGAGGCCUGCUCUUAAGGACCUGAGGAAGUUCCUACAGAGCGGGACCGAGAACUCCAACAGCAGUUCUGGGGCGGCUGCAGAUGGCUCAGAACAGAGGCCCAAGACACCGCCACCACAGCAGGCCCAGGAUGUAGAAUAGACUGUCUUUGUGUGAAUGUGUGUAUAUGCAUGAACAUAUUGUGCGCCUGUGUACAGGCUUGCGCGUGCGUGUUUUUGUGUGUGUGUGUGUGUGAAAAAAGUUGCCUUAGAAGGAGCAUGUACAUACUUCCUUUUAGGUUUGUAGGUCUAUAUAGACAUACUGUUCUAGAUAGAGGUACAUGUAUAUAUAGGUGAGACUGUUAUUUAAAUUGGAGGCAUAUGCUUGGGAAUGGAAACCAUGUGUUUUGUCAAACCGUUCUAUUUACUUUUGUCUGGUUUGCCAGACAAUGAUUUAUAAGUGAAGUACUGGUCUAAAAAUCUAGGCUUUUUUUUUUGUCUACAACCAGGCUUAAUCCAUUUCUGAAAAACUAGUCCCUCACAGGUCCAUGUCUGUGCAGAAUUGUCCUCAGUUAUUUGAAGAGAAGAAUAAAAUAUUUUUUUAAAGUAAAGUGGAAAAAUGUAGUUUUUGUUGAACAUUUUGUGUGAAUCGUUUCAAAUGUUUGUCAUCAAAUAAUUUCCUGUUCCUGUUUCCUGUAUGUUGUGCAUUUUUACAUGUGCUACACAAUAAUUAUUUGCUCUGCGCUACCUAAACUGAGAAUAACUGGGCCAUCUCUGUAUUGUUGCAAAUGGUCAAUUUCGUUUGGUCCAUUAUUUAAAUGAAAAAGCAGGUGCAGUUCUCGCUAGCCAUCAAAACAUCGGUGAUAUGUCAUUUUUAUGUUGAUUAUCCAUUUUAUAUGUUUUGGCUUUACCUCGACACAUCAAGUUGGUUGAGUGCCUUCUGCGUUUCAAUAAUUCCCGCUUUUCCUCGGUUGACGGAAUUUG